AUGGAUCCGUCCAACGCCAACGCCAAUCCGAAGCCCCCGGCCGGCGCCAAUGGCGACGUCGUCCUCAUCAUGCCGCCCGAGCAGCCGCAGCAGCAGCGGGCCACGGCGGCCGACGCGCCCAAAACCCCGCCAAACCCCGAGAAGCCGCCGACGCCGACGCCGACCUCGGCGGCGGCCCCGCCGCGCCCGCAUCUGCCGAACCCCGAGAAGCCGCCGCAGAGCCCCGCGCGGCCGCCCCUGGCCCCCGCCCAGGGCGCGCUGCUCCGCCGCCGCUCCUCGCUCUCCAAGCCCAAAUCCCGCUUCGUGGAGCCGCCGACCCCUACCGCCCCCUCCUCCCACCCGUCCCCGGCGCACCCGGCCUCCACCGCCCAGACCCCGCGCCCCGCCUCCACCCCGCAGACCCCGGGCGAGGGCGACGACGACGACGACGUCUUCCGCAAGGACGGCGCGCCCACCGCCGCCACGGCGGCCAAGUGCCGCCGCAGGGCCUGCAUCUCGCUCGAGCUCGCCGUGCUCGUCCUCUUCCUCGCGCUGCUUGUCGUCAGCCUCGUGGCGCGCCCGCUCAAGGGCCACUUCGUGUGGGGGCUGGAGAUCUGGAAGUGGUGCGUCAUGGUCAUCACCGUCUUCUCCGGCCACCUCGUCAGCCACUGGGUCAUCGCCUUCGUCGUCUUCCUCAUCGAGCGCAACUUCCUGCUCCGCAACAAGGUGCUCUACUUCGUCUUCGGGCUCAAGAACAGCGUGCAGGCCUGCCUCUGGAUCGGUCUCGUGCUCAUCGCCUGGUCUCAGCUCUUCGACCAGGAGCAGCUGGGCCGCACGGCCAAGACCGCCAGGAUCCUCAACUACGUCUCCAGAUUCCUCGCCUCCGUGCUCAUCGCGUCAGUCAUCUGGGUGGUCAAGACAUUCAUCAUGAAGGCCAUCGCGUCCACCUUCCACCGGAAGGCCUUCUUUGACCGGAUCCAGGAGAGCCUGUUCCACCAGUACGUGCUGCAGACGCUCUCGGGCCCUCCAUUGAUGGAGCUAGCGGAGAAUGUUGGGCGGGAGCCAAGUGGGCGUGUGAGCUUGAGCAGGACGAAGGAUGAUAAAGGAACGCCCAAGGUGAUCGAUGCCGUGAAACUGAGGAAGAUGAAGCAGGAGAGGAUCUCAGCUUGGACGAUGAAAGGGCUCAUCACGGCAAUCCGAAGCUCAAGGCUUUCAACAAUAUCUCAAAGUAUUGAGAGCUUUCAUGAGUUUGAUGAAACGGAGCAAAAAGAUAAGGAGAUAAAUAGCGAGUGGGAGGCAAAGGCAGCAGCCGAUGCCAUUUUCAAAAAUGUUGCAAGGCAGGGCUACAAGCACAUUGAGGAGCUGGAUUUGCUGAGAUUUUUCAACAGGGAGGAGGCAGCCUUGGUGCUUCCGAUGUUUGAAGGGGCAUCAGAGACGGGGAAGAUAAAAAGAUCUGCUCUGAAAAAUUGGGUGGUAAGUGCAUACCUGGACCGCAAGUCACUAGCGCAUUCUCUGAAUGACACAAAAACCGCAGUCAGCCAACUUCACAGCCUCAUCAGAAUUCUAGUACUCAUUAUAAUCAUCAUUAUCACUCUGUUGUUGAUGGGCAUCGCCACGACCAAGAUCCUUGUUGUCAUCUCAUCCCAGCUUCUUGUUGUGGUCUUCAUAUUUGGAAAUGCCUGCAAGACUGUAUUUGAGGCCCUCAUAUUUGUUUUCAUCAUGCAUCCGUUUGAUGUUGGGGACCGCUGUGUCAUCGAUGGAAUACAGAUGGUUGUCGAAGAAAUGAAUAUAUUAACCACUGUUUUCCUGAAGAAUGACAAUGAGAAGGUAUAUUAUCCAAACUCUGCAUUGUCCACAAUGCCAAUCAGCAACUUCUACCGAAGCCCUGACAUGUACGACACCAUCGACUUCGCUAUUGAUGUUAAAACUUCAAUGGAGAGCAUCGCAGCUUUGAAAUCCAGAAUUAAAGGGUACUUGGAGAGCAAACCUACACGGUGGCACCCUAUCCACACGGUAAACCUGAAGGACAUCUUGGACGUGAACAAGAUCAACAUGGCCCUGUGCGCCCAGCACACGAUGAACUUCCAGAAUAUCCGGGAGAAGAGCAUCAGGAGGUCCGAGCUUGUGAUGGAGCUGAAGAAGAUAUUCGAGGAGAUGUCCAUCAGCUACCAGCUUCUGCCUCAAAAGGUCGAGCUUAGCUAUGUCGGCACAAACCCGCUGCCCGUGAAUGUUUCUCAAGGCAGGUAG